AGCGAGCGAGCGAGAAGGUUUCCCAAAGAGAGCACCAAGUGGAGCGGACAGAAGUAUGAGGAGCGGCAGCGCGGCUGCUGCCGGUCUGCGCAGGUCGGGGGCACGGCGGGGGCUGCCGGAGGCGGAGGGCUCAGCGGCGCUGCGGGCGGCCAGUACGACAAGUGGAUAAACAAUGUGCACGGCUCUGAGCCCAAAGGCACGUGGGCCUGGCCUCUCUGAUAUGCAUCAGUAUAGCCAGUGGCUUGCCAGUAGACAUGAGGCCAACUUGUUGCCGAUGAAAGAGGAUUUGGCCCUGUGGCUCACAAACCUACUGGGUAGAGAAAUAACAGCAGAAACAUUUAUGGAGAAAUUGGAUAAUGGUGCCUUGCUUUGUCGGUUAGCUGAGACCCUGCAGGAGAAAUUUAAAGAAAACAGCUUUGAGGCAAACAAGCUUGGCAAAACCUUACCAGUACGGAAGAUUCCAUGCAAAGCCAAUGCUCCUUCAGGGUCUUUUUUUGCACGAGACAACACAGCAAACUUCUUAUCUUGGUGCAGAGAUGUAGGGGUGGAUGAUACCUGCCUGUUCGAAUCAGAAGGUUUGGUUCUCCACAAGCAGCCAAGAGAAGUGUGCCUUUGUUUGCUGGAACUUGGAAGGAUUGCAGCAAGGUUUGGGGUGGAGCCUCCUGGAUUAAUAAAGUUGGAAAAAGAGAUUGAACAAGAGGAAACACUUUCAGCCCCCCUUCCAUCUCCUUCACCCUCACCAACAAAGUCUCCUGGGAAAAAGAGCACAGGGAAACUGUUGGAUGAUGCUGUUAAGCACAUUUCUGAAGAUCCACCUUGUAAAUGCCCUAAUAAAUUCUGUGUGGAGCGCCUUUCACAAGGAAGAUACAGAGUUGGAGAGAAGAUUCUCUUUAUUAGGAUGCUGCACAACAAACAUGUCAUGGUUCGUGUUGGCGGAGGAUGGGAGACUUUUGCAGGUUACUUGCUGAAGCAUGACCCAUGCCGGAUGUUGCAGAUCUCUCGAGUGGAUGGAAAAACUUCUCCGAUCCAGAGCAAAUCUCCAACCCUCAGGGACAUGAAUCCAGACAAUUAUCUUGUUGUUUCUGCCCAUUACAAAACCAAGAAGGAGAUAAAGUGAAAUAAGCUUCUCACGUGAUUGGGACUUUAUGUAUGUAGGUCCAAAUUAUUUUCUCAAGUGUAGUAAAUUUAGUUUAUGCUUUAAAAGGACUUCAGAAAAUUUAAGACAGACUGAAAAUGGCAACCCAUUUUGAAGAUCUCUGAGUUGUAGAACUAUUUAUUUCUAGUACUGUACCUUUUAUAGCAAAUUACCCUUGAUAGGCUAAUUACUACAAUCAGAUAA